AAAACAAACAAACAAAUAAAUAAAUAAAUUAUUUAGAUCUUAAAAACUUUAAAGACUUAUUAAAAAAAAGUAAAGUAAAUGAAUAACACACCAUAUUAGGAACAAAGUUAAGAAUACGACCAUCUUUUCAAACUUGUUUUGAUUGGAAAUUCAGGUGUUGGUAAAUCAUGUAUGCUCAUGAGAUAUGCCGAAAAUACUUUUACAUAAAACUUUUAUAAUACAAUCGGUGUCGAUUUCAAAAUUAAAACCAUCAAUCUCCAAGGCAAAUAAAUCAAAUUGUAAAUUUGGGAUACUGCUGGUCAAGAUAGAUUCAAAACUAUUACAACUAAUUAUUACAGAGGUGCUCAUGGUAUCGUUGUUGUUUAUGAUGUCACUGAUAAACUCUCAUUUGAAAAUGUUAAAACCUGGAUGUCAGAAAUUGAAAAAUAUGCCCAAGAAAAUGUUUGUAAAUUACUUAUUGGUAAUAAGAGCGAUCUCUCUGAUAAAAGAGUUGUAUCUACUGAAGAAGGUUAAUAGUUGGCUUCUUCAUUGAAAAUCAAGUUCAUUGAAACAUCUGCCAAAAACUCUAACAAUAUAGAUUCUGCUUUUGAAAGCAUGGCCUAAGAUGUACUCAUAAGAAUUAGUGAUAUUAAAACCUAAUAAGAUAAUGAAAGAAGACGUCUUAAACCCGGUUAAAAUGUAAGUGAAUAAAAGAGUAGCAGUGAAGGAUGCUGUUGA